CAGUCGAAGUUUAGAUGUUAAUGAAUGCAUUGUUCAUGAUAUAUAUCAAAUAGUGUAUUUAUAAUCAAGUUUGAAAUAUAGUUGGCCAACUGAAAAGUUCAAAAGCUAGAAGAAAAGGAUAAGAGAAAACGUUCUUUCUAACUUUAUGCAAAGCAUUGAAAAAUUGAAGUUUACAAUGGAUCAUAGGUUCUCAGUACUCGACUAUGCGCUUUUUGCAACUACACUAGUGAUAUCACUGAGUAUAGGAUUAUUUAGCGCUUUUAGAAAGCGAAAAGAGAAUACUACUGGAGAAUAUUUAAUGGGGGGAAGAAAACUUCAAAUGAUACCUGUUUCUCUUUCAAUUCUUGUUACAUACGUCUCCGCAAUUGGAAUAUUAGGAACUCCAGCUGAAAUUUAUACAUACGGUACUCAGUUUUCACUACAGAUAUUAGCUAUGAUGUUUGGCAAUUUUUUUGGAGCGUUUCUCUUCGUACCACUCUUUUAUCCAUUAAAAUUAACAAGUUGUCUCGAAUAUUACACUUUAAGAUAUAAAGAGAACUAUGUAAAAUAUCUCAAUAUUAUGCUCCUUACACUUAUUUCAGUUCUAGUAAAUGGUAUUGGAGUUUUUGCACCAUCCGUAGCCCUUCAGGGUGUAACAGGCCUACCUAGUUACAUAUCAAUUAUUGCCUGUACAAUUGUUGGAACUAUUUAUACAACUUUUGGUGGAAUGAAUGCUGUAAUUUGGACUGACGUCUUUCAAUGUUGUGUCAUUCUCGCUGGUUUAAUAACUGUUCUAGUAAAAGGUAUAAUAUCUGUUGGAGGAUUUAAGAGAAUGUGGGAAAUCAAUGAUCAAUACGGAAGAAUUGAAUUUUUCAAAUCUAUAAUUUUAACUGUUCCGUUUUUUGGCUUUAUUAGUACUGCAAGUACCCUUUGCGGUAUGGCAGCAUUUGCAUAUUAUGCAUUUAAAGGUUGUGAUCCACUAGCUUCUCGGCUUAUUUACGAUCCAAAUCAGAUAUUACCACUAUUUGUAAUGGAAUUAAUGGGUUAUUCUGGAAUACCUGGAUUAUUUGUAGCAUGUUUAUUUAGCGCAUCUUUAAGUACAUUGUCUUCUGGUUUAAAUUCAUUGGCAGCCGUUUUUUGGGAGAGUGUUGUGCAACCUAGAUACCCAAAUAUUGAAGAGAACAAGGCUGCAAAUGUAAACAAAUUAAUCGUAUGUUUCUUUGGUAUUAUAGUAUUAGGUUUUGCGAUUGGAUUUCAAUACGUCAAAGGAACGCUUAUUGAGAUUUUAUUUAGUGUUAUUGGCUUUGCAUCGGGCCCGAUGUGCGCAAGUAUUCUUUCAUCGGCAUCCUUUCCUUGGGUUUCUGCUAAAGCGUCAUUUAUCAGUUGUAUAGUUUCACUUGCUUUUGUAUUUUGGAUGAAUAUUGGGUCACUAAUUUAUAGAUUCACCUCUGAAAUGAAACCUUCGCCAAUUUAUAAUUGUUCAGCGGCGAAUGUUAUUCGAGAAUGCAUGAAUGUUCCAGGUAUAAAUUUAGGAAUGUUAAAUGGAACUAUCUACGAAGAAGCGCUUGUAAGUUCAAACUCUUAUUACGAUUUGAAUUCGACGUUAGCCUAUUGUAAAGAAUUUAUAAGCAAAUUACCUAAAGCAAUGCCAGUGAAUAAGCCAAAAGGAUUUCAGCAUUUCUAUGCUGUGACAUAUUUAUAUUAUUCAGCUAUCGGUAUCUUUAUAAGCGUUCUUGUAAGUUCUACAAUUAGCCUUAUACCAGCAUUAAGGUGUAAACACUAUGUAAAGGAUCGUUACCUUUUCGUUCACAUUAGAAUGCUUAGAAGAUUUAUUAAUAAAUACCGUACUGGUAAAGAAUAUCCAUACGGUUCCUGCGAUUUAUACGAUGAGAAAGGUGAUCUAAUUCUAACGGAUAUUGACGAUACAAAUAAAGAGCUCUUAAAGGAAAAGAAUGAAGUAAUUGAAUUGAAUAAAGACGAAUGUUCCUCUUUAUAA